GGACAAAGUCCGGUGCUCCCCCGCCACGCGUGUGCUGCCGCCGGCCGGCCAACAUGCUCCCGACACGCGUGCAGCGUCUCGUCCUGCUGCUGAGCCUCUGCACCCAGCCUGUGACAGGUCGCCUCCCGCGCCACAUGGACACGCUGGUGCAGAUCGUGGAAGCCCUGGAGGCCACCAACGCCACGGAGGCCUUGGCCGGCGGCGCCCCGGAGCUGGGGCGGGCGCUGGGCGGCGGCGGCACCCCGCUGCAGCGCGCGGUGCUGGGUGCCCCGGCGGGUGCCCCGGCGGCCCUCGGCGCCGAGCAGCGGGCGCUCCUCGCCGAGCUGCUGCGCCCGGGCCCGGAGGCUGCCGAGCGCGGCGUGGUGCUGGCGCCCGACGGCUCCACCGUGGCCGUGGGCCCCUUGCUCGCCGGCCUCGAGGUGGGUCUCAAGCGCGCCGCGGGGACGCCCGCCGCGCCGGCGCCCGGCGACCCGCUCUACGCCGUCACCCUGGCCGAAGCCUUGGGGACCUCCUACCUGCUGGCCCGCGCCAACGGCACCCGGGCCACCCUGGGACCCGGCGGGUGCUGGGACGACGUGGAGGACCCGCAGGUCUUCACGCUGGUGGGACCUCCAUCGCCCGUCCCCGACGCGUUGGCCAACGGGGCGCUGGACGGGGUGCUGCUGGGCGCCCAACUCGCCGAGACGCCGGCGCCGCUCGCCGCCCUGCUCCGCGGCUACUACCACCCCGGCGCGGCGGGCGAGCGGGCGCCCAGCAGCUUUCGGCGCCGGCGUUUCGGCGCCCGGACGGGGCCGGAGAAGCUGGAGGAGGAGGUGGCGGCCGCCCUGCGCCUGCUGCGGGUGCUGCCCGCCACCCGCUCGCUCCUGGAGGACGUGGGGGACGAGGAGGCGGCGGCCGUGGCUCGGCGGGCGGCGCGGGACUUCGUGGACGCCUACGUGGAGUGCCCGGCCGUGGUGCCCCGGUGCAUGUGGGGCGCCCGUCCCUACCGGGGCACCCCGAGCGCCCUGACGCCGCCGCUGCCCUUCGUCUACAUCCACCACACCCACGAGCCGGGCGCCCCGUGCCGCACCUUCGCCGCCUGCGCCCGCGCCAUGCGCGCCAUGCAGCGCUUCCACCAGGACACCCGCGGCUGGGACGACAUCGGCUACAGCUUCGUGGUGGGCUCCGACGGGUACCUCUACGAGGGCCGCGGCUGGCACUGGGUGGGCGCCCACACCCGCGGCUACAACAGCCGUGGCUACGGCGUCGGCUACGUGGGCGACUACACGGCCAGCCCGCCCGACGCCGACGCCCUGGCCCUGGUGCGCGACGCCUUCCUGCCCUGCGCCGUGCGGACCGGCCGGCUGCGGCACAACUACACCCUGCGGGGCCACCGGCAGAUGGGACGCACCGAAUGUCCCGGGGACUCGCUCUUCCGCGAGAUUGAGACCUGGCACGGCUUCCAGUGAGGAUUGGCCAUGCGGAUGCCAGCUGGGAUGGACGCUGGCCCAGAUGGAUCCUAGUCCGGAUGGACCCUGGCUUGAUGGGCGCCAGCCGGGAUGGACCACGGUCUGGAUUGGUCCCGGCCUGACGGAUGCUGGCCCAGAUGGGUCCUGGUCCAGACGGACCCUGGCCCGACGAGUGCCAGCCCGGAUGGACACCAGAGCUAUCCCGAACCCGGAGCGGCCAAAGGGCUGGAAAUCUCCCAGCAAUAAAACUGGAGCCAGGA